UACCUCGAAGUAGCUGCUUAGCGAUUUCGGCACAUGCCUCCGAGCUCCGGUAUCAAACGUAACACUAUAAAACACCAAAUAUUAAUUCAUAUGCUUUAGGGGAGUGUGGGGUAAGUUGAGCAUUUUUUAAACAUUCAGCACCACUCCGUCAAGGGAAAUAUAGUGUUCUUUCUAACAAAGAUAUCUACAUAUAUUUCAGGAUGUUGUGUAUCCCGGAAAUUAUCAGAAUUCAGGAAAACAUUACAAUUUUGAAAACAUAGCUAGUCACAAAAAAAGUGGUCUCUUGGCACAAUUUACGAGGUAAGUUAAGCCUCCUAAAAAUGUCUACUGAAUGAAAUAUUGCCACUACCUUUUUAAAACCAUGUCAAUCUUUAUUUCCCAAACACAAUUCGCAAUCACUUUUUGUAUUUUAAUAAUUUGAAUAAUCUUUUAACACAGGUUUAACACCUAACAAACACUUAAAAAAAAACACUUUUAGCAUAGGCCAGGCCCUAUUGUUGCCUCAUAUGCCAGCAAUAAUGCCUUGCAUUACAACUGACUUCAAUUUGCUCAACUUGCCAUUGGCUCAAUUUACCCGAUGGGAAACAUUUGGACUGUAUUAGCCCACACAGCUACAAGGAUGCACUUUUAUGCUAGGUUUAGGAUCUCAUAUUAAAGCUUGUAGAGACUCCAACUGAUAUACAGAACAAUAUUAUAAUGAUCUACUUUGGUUCAGAUAAAAGCAUCAUGAUACCUCUAACACAAUAAAUGUAUUUGACUUGGUGAAAAUCUCUUUUUUGGAAAUAACUUGCUUACCACUUUCUUCCUUCACAGACACCAUCAGAUGAUGACCUCUUUCUAAGUACUUGGAAAACCCCAACAGGACCAAGCGGCGUGGUAACCUGCAGGAGCAACAAAGAGAGGAAUGGACAUGGGAGGAUGAAUUGUUCGGAGAAGGACCCUGGGAUCAGCCUGGAGAAUAUCGCCGCCCCAAAGAAGAACUGGAGGCGGCGAGAGCUGAGAGGCGCUGGUAUGAAGAGAAGCAACAGCGGCAGCAGGAGCAACAAUAUCGGGACUACACUACUUGGGAGGAAAUAGACAGGUGGGCGGUCGACCCAGGGAGAAUGCCAGAGCCCGCCUGGGAUUCGAUGGAGCAGUGUGCAGAGGGUUACGAGAGAAUGAGAUUGGCGAAGCAAGCACGGCGGCGCGGAAGGAAGCCCGAGAGUCAGCCCCAAAAAUGUAUUGGGGGGGGCUCAGGGAGAGUGUGGCAGAGUCAGACCUGAGCCAACUCUCCCUGUUUAUCGUGAGGAGCCAAGGAGGAGACCAGAACCAGAGCCGGUGUUGGAGGUGAGCGAAGCUGAGACUGUGAAGGAGUUAAUUGCUGUGUUGGUGUUUUAAACAUGGAAUUCGCCCGACGGAGCGUGUCGGGGAUUUGAUGGCACCUGGGUCAGCGCUCCAUACUCGUCCUGAGGUGCGUGUUAGUCGGCUGGUGAAGUUGGUGCCAGCCUCACGCACCAGGCCUCCUGUGCACAUCCCUAGCCUUGCACGUCCUGUGCCAACACUGCUCUCAAGAUCUCCAGUACGCCUUCACGGUCUAGCCCAUCCUAUGCCACCUCCACACACCAGCCCUCCGGUGGCAGCUCCCCGCACCAGGCUUCCUGUGCGUGUCCUCGGCCCAGUACCACCAGUGCCAGCACCACGCAUCAGGUCUACAGUGCGCCUCGCCUCUCCAGCGCUGCUGGAGCCUUUCUCCUCUCCUGCGCUGCCGGAGUCUCCCGCCUGUUCAGCGCUGCCCGAGCCUUCCUCCUCUACAGCGCUGCUGGAGUCUCCCGCCUGUUUAGCGCAGCCAGAGCCUUCCUCCUCUCAUGCGCUGCCGGAGUCUCCCGCCUGUUCAGCGCUGCCCGAGCCUUCCUCCUCUCCUGCACUGCUGGAGUCUCUCGCCUGUUUAGCGCUGCCAGAGCCUUCCGCCUCUACAGCGCUGCCGGAGUCUCUUGCCUGUUUAGCGCAGCCAGAGCUGUCAGUCUGCAUGGAGCAGCCAGAGCUGUCAGUCUGCAUGGAGCAGCCAGAGCUGCCAGUCUGCAUGGAGCAGCCAGAGCUGUCAGUCUGCAUGGAGCAGCCAGAGCUGCCAGUCUGCAUGGAGCAGCCAGAGAUGUCAGUCUGCAUGGAGCAGCCAGAGCUGCCAGUCUGCAUGGAGCAGCCAGAGCUGUCAGUCUGCAAGGAGCUGCCAGUCUGCAAGGAGCCGCCAGAGCUGCCAGUCUGCAAGAAGCCGCCAGAGCUGUCAGUCUGCAUGGAGCAGCCAGAGCCGCCAGUCAGCAUGGAGCAGCCAGAGCCGCCAGUCAGCAUGGAGCAGCCAGAUCCGUCAGUCUGCCAGACUCUUCCAGAUCCGCCAGUCAACCAGACUCUUCCAGAUCCGCCAGCCAGCCAGGAUUUGCCGGAUCCAACUACCUGCCUGAGCUUCCUCUCAGUGCUGAGCUUCCUCUCAGUGCUGGGCUUCCUCUCAGUGCUGGGCUUCCUCUCAGUGCUGAGCUUCCUCUCAGUGCUGAGCUUCCCCUCAGUGCUGAGCUGCCCCUCAGUCCCGAGCUGCCCCUCAGUCCCGAGCUGCCCCUCAGUCCCGAGCUGCCCCUCAGUCCCGUAGCCCACAGCCAUAUGGCAUAGCCAGAUCAGGACCUAUCAUGCGGACAACUCAGAGUUUGCUAUUCCGUUCUUUUGAAAUAGACUACAUUUUCUUUGUCUCAGACCUGUCUAAAAUAAAUAUUGUGAUGCCGUAGGCUACAUUACAUGGAUUGAUUAGACUUUUUCAAAUGUAGAUGUUCCGAAGGUUUGCAUCAGUGGCUUGUAGGCUAUGUCUGGAAGCUCGGAGAUGCUAAAUGUGUUUAUGUUAAUUAACGGUCAAUUGCUGUGAGACCUGCAGUUAUUUGCUUGACAAUCACCAGCUGACAAAAUUGUGACUGCCACAGCCCUACACCCAAGUACUUCUCUGCAAUGGUCACCUACACUCAUUAAAAACCCACUGCCCCAUUCUACUACUUUGACCAUAUCUGUUUCUGCCUAUGCCAACAGCCUGGGAAGAUGGGACACCACCCCUCAGCAAACCCUAUAACUUUUCUGAAGUCAAAUCUCAUAUACCCAAAUACUUCUCUGCAGCUGCCACCACAACAUCCAUUUUCUGUCAUUAACUUUCCAUUUCUGCGGUACAGUUGAUAACCCUUGCUAUGAACGCUAAGAAGCCAACCUUACUGAAGCUCACUCAUUACCCUAUUCCUUUGUACUGGCACAAAUCUACUAUUCACUGGGAUCCUCUCAGGAUCCAGCACCCUUGACCCAUCCUCCGCACUAAUCUGCCUCUCUCGCACCAGACACCUCCGAUCCCCAGCAUCACGAGCACCCCUACAAUUGACACACACAACUUUAUCCACCGAAACUACACAAUCCUCUGUCGCAUGCCCUCCAGCACACUUCCCACAUCUUGGAAUCUCCCACUUACACACUUCUGCAACAUGAACAGAAUUGUUGCAUCUGAAACAGUGCAGUGGAUUCUGCACAACAGCUCUAACAGUAUAACUAAUAUAUCCUAACAUGACUUUGAGACUCUGACUCAAAACUCAAAAGGACUGACAAUGACUUUUUCACCACGCUCCCCACCAGGUCUGCGUCGCACCAAACGGGAUGAAUCACAAAAACCAGGAAUUUUAACUUAAAUUGUUCCACCUUCACACUUAACGCUACCCCAGAAAUCACUCCUUUCAAUGGUGCCUUAUUCCUAAGAGCAAAACAAGAAACAGAUAUUGACCCAAGUUGCGUGACACAAAUUGCCUUCUCCCUCUGGCCAGAAGUAACUGAUAAAGGAAAAUUAUAGUUUAGAUGAUCAAUUACGUAUACAUUAUUAAUUAGAACCAUUUAUACUAAUGCUAUUAUGUUAUGGUAUGAAAAGUAAAAGUUAUUGGUUAAGCUGUUACUGAAAAUGUAAGCAGAAUGAAUUAAUUGUCUGGGCCUCUUGGGGAGUUAACGUGGGAGCGAGGCUGUGGCCGGUCCGACAGAUAAGAAAUGUCUGGGAGACGUUCCAGGCCUGAUGAACAAUGGGCUCUUGUGAGAAUCAGAGAGAGGGGGGAUAAACUGAUGAUGUCAUGUUCAGUUUAUAACCUGUGGAAAAAUGUGUAUGCUGUAGUACUCAUCAAGAAUAAAUGCUGAACUUGUUUUUAA